UAAUUUGUUGUGCACGGUCAAGGUCGACAACAUGGCAGAAGCUGGGGCUAGAAUUUUAGUUUAUGGUGGAAAAGGCGCUUUAGGAUCAGUGAUAGUCAACUUCUUUAAAGGAAAAAGCUAUUGGGUUGGUUCCAUCGAUUUGGCACCCAAUGAGCAAGCAGACGGUAAUGUUAUAGUAAAACCUGGAGAUUCCUGGACAGAACAAGAAGACCAGAUCACCAGCGGUGUUGAAACUUUGCUCGGAGACACCAAACUUGACGCCAUUCUGUGUGUAGCGGGCGGCUGGGCUGGAGGAAAUGCAGCUAAUAAAGCAUUUAUCAAAAAUGCAGAUGCAAUGUGGAAGCAAAGUGUAUGGACAUCUUCAAUAGCUGCAGGUUUAGCUGCUAAGUACCUGAAGGAAGGGGGACUACUCACAUUGCCAGGGGCUCAACCAGCAUUAGAGGGAACAGCAGGUAUGAUUGGAUAUGGUAUGGCUAAGGCAGCAAUUCACCAGCUAGUGAAAAGUUUGGCAGCAUCAAACAGUGGCCUUCCAGCUAAUUCUACCUCAGUAGCAAUACUUCCUGUAACUCUUGACACACCAAUGAACAGAAAAUGGAUGCCUGACGCAGACCACACUACAUGGACUCCACUAGAGUUUAUUGCCGAGACAUUCCUUAAGUGGAUUAACAAUGAGGGUCGACCAGAAAGUGGAAGUCUCAUACAGUUGAUCACAAAGGACAGCAAAACAGAGCUAUGUCCGGCCAAAUAGUGUGACACAGAGGAUGAGGCGGAGGCAUGAUUGAUACUGCUUUUAUGUUUGAGUGAGAAAUGUAAUUUUAGAACUAACAAGUUAAAAUGUCCUGUCUGGUGAAUCAUUGGUAGAAAAAAUGCAAUAUUUGUACCCACCAACUGCCAGCUGUUUACCAAAACAAGAUAGGGAUAAUUAAUUCAGGGUUUCUAUAUGGGACUCUAUAUUGUUUUUGUUUUAGGAUAAUUAUGUUAUUGUUUUUGUGGUUUUAAACUCAAUCAACUUGUUUUGUUUUAUGCAAUAGCAUUUGUGAGUAUCUGUAGAUAAUGAUAUUUUUCAGAAGCAUGUAUCGUAAUUAAAAAGCAUUUUGAAAAAGUGCUUUAAUUUAAACAUUAUUUGGCUCAUUUUGAUCUUAAGUAGAUGGUUUUUUAUCAAAAUGUUACAGUUUGUGAAGAAAUUUAGGCAGACGUUUAAUUUUUACAAAACAAAUUUCAGGUAUUAUGUAUAAGGAUAAUUAAUAUACUGUGUAUUAUAUUGAACAUUUUCAAUUAUUGGUGUGUUUCACAACAUGCGCCCAUUCUCAAAGGUGAAAAUAGAAUUUAACAAAAUAAGGGCAAAUACGAUAGUUCGCUGUAGAUAUUUAAAACUGCAAAUUUUAUACUAGCCAAAAAUAAAAUCCAAAAGGUGUUUUGUAAAUUUGUCAAAAUUGGACUUUACAAAAUAUGUUAAAAGUACAGUGAAACCUUGUUAUAAAUGCAUUUAUUUUAGGUGAGGGUGUUACUGGUAUGUUGCAUUGUAACAAUAAGUAUGGUAGUUAACCCUUAGCCUGCUGGCGGCAGAUGAUUCUGCCUUUGCGACCAGUGCAGACCAAGAUCAGCCUGCACAUCCGUGCAGUCUGAUCAUGGUCUGCACUGUUCGCUAUUCAGUCAGUAAAUUUUCAGUGAAAACCCCUUUGAGUAAUAAGUGGUACUGUCCAAAUUGAAAGACGGACCAGUCCAUUAUAGAAAUAUAGCAGGGUAAGGGUUAAUAUCAAUUCAGGGUAGACUAAUUGUUGUGCACUUGUUGUAAAAGUAAAUAUUUGACUGACUAUUUUUCUAAUUUAGUUAUUAUUUACAAAAAUAAAUGUAUUACUGUUUAGCAGUAAUUUAUCUUGCCAAUUGUUUAACCUAGUCAAAGGUUUACCAAGCCUGUAUUAUUUUGGAACUUUUACUUUCAACAAAAAUCGUUCUUUAAAUUUUGAAACUUAACAAGCUUGCAUAGUAAUGAUUAAUGUGAGUUUAAGGGGAUGCAAAUAAGAAAUCUUUUUUUUUAUAGUCGAGACAAGCAAAGGUGUUUCUUAUUUAAAAAGGAUCUGGCUUUUCACAAAAUUUGCAUUCGAAAAGAUAUAUUAUUUCAUAACAAAACAAAAUUUAAAAAAAUUUAAUCAGUACAACUCUCACUUGUUUUAAAUAUCUGAGAAAAACUUGCCUGUUUUUUUUUGUCAUCCCUUUGACAUUUCAUACGUUUUAGUUUUAAGUAAACAGGAAAAAGAAUGUCCCUUUUUUGUUUUUCAAACUUCAGGGGAGAUAAUAUAUGAAGAUCACUUAGAAACAUUUAUAAGUUUAAAAAUCUGUUGUUCCUUUCUACUAGGGGUUUGAACAGAGUAAAAUCUUACAAAGCAAAUUCUGAAGAUGUGAAUAGGAUCCUGAUUAAAGGAUUGUUUAGAAUUUUAUUCUUAGCUUCUUUUUUGUCUAACAGUUGAUUGGAGAGUGCAAGUAUAAUUCAUUAAUUGUGUAGUAUUUUCCUAUGUCACAAAUCUUACAAACUGUGAUGCAAAAUAUAUAUCAUUCCAGAAGUGCUAUUAUUGAUAGGUGCCAAGCAUUAUAUUUUCAUAUAGUCCAUGACUCAAGUUUGAAAAAUUUCAUCAUGUGUAAUUCAUCCAUUUUAGACCGAAAGUUUUGAAGUUUAGGGAUAUAAAAUAUACUGUUUGGAAAACUUAUUUGUUAGCUGCAUUUUGUUUGAUUUUACAGUUCCGUUAGUUUAGUGAGAGGCUAACUGUAAUGGUAUUAUUUUAAGGAGUACAAUAUGAACCUGGUACUACAUAUAUUAAGAUUUUAUGGUAGAACUUGAAUAGGCAACAAUCUGAGUGACAGGCUUAUUGCAUGCAAUUUUGUCACUGAUUGUAGGAUCUAUUAAGAAGUUAAUUGUAGGUCAGCCUUUCAAAUGUUUUUGCUGCUUGCUUACAGGCCAGUUAUAUAGGUUUUCAGCAACUGUCUUACCUAUGCACAUUUCAUUAUUAGACAUGUGCUAAAUAACAGACGAAGUUUGCUAUGUUUUCCUUUAGUUUUGUAGUUGAUGAAACCCCACCCCCCCUCACACCCACCCCCAAACAAGCUUGUUCUAAAAGAUUCCAUUCCUGGACCAGUAGUUUUCAUCCCAAUAUUUUCUUGUCCACAUACAUUUGCAUAGACAAAACUCAGUAUUUUCUUUCUUUAGUCUCACCAGAGAAUAAUAUUCCAUUCAAGUAGUUUUCAUCCCAAUAUUCUCUUGUUCACAUACAGUUACCUAACCAACACUUUGUAUUUUUAGCUCGUCUGAUUUUUAAAAAAAAAUAUACAAGGUAUUGUCAUUUGAUUGUUGGCUUUGGCGUUGGUUAAAAUUUUUGUUUAGGUUCAGCUUUUCUCAAAAACCAUAAGAGCUACAGCUUUGAAACUUGGCACACUUGAUAGUCAUCAUUAUGUGACUAAGUAGGCCAGGAACCAUAACUCUGAUAUGCAUUUUGUCAAAAUUAUGGCCCUUUUUGUACUUAGAAAAUUUGAAUUAUUUUUAAUUGAAAUCGUGCUCGUUUUAAAUGAAAUAGCUACAGUACAAUACAUUUUUGUAACUGUACAAUGUCUUUGGUGUGUUUUUGAUUAAUUUGUUUUAUUGAGAUUAUUUAGAUAAUACUGUACUUUCGGAUUGAGAUUUUUACUGCUGACUUGUUCAGGUUUACUAAAAUGCAUUUUUGUUAUUUACAUUUAAGGCCCCAUUCCUUUGGCUGCUCAGAAGAUUCUGCACAUACUCUUAGAAAAUGAAUGGAGUGAAAAAGAGUACUGUUCUGGAAUGUUUAGAAUGUGCGUGGAAUGCUCUAAAUAAAAUCUGGUGCAGAAAGAACAGUCAGUUGUUAAUAUUUCCAACAAUGGAAAUUAGGUUUUGGUUCCUAAUCUCAAAAUGACUGGGCACCAGAACAGAACAGCGUACUGUACUGUUCCUUUGACAACAUUUAGAAGAUUACUCCAGAAUUUUAACCUUUUGCCUGCUAUCGGCAAGUGAUUCUGCCUAUGCGACCAGUGCAGACGAAGAUCAGCCUGCACAUCCGUGCAGUCUGAUCAUGGUCUGCACUGUUUGCUGUUCAGUCAGUAAAUUUUCAGUGAAAACCCCUUCGAAUCAUAAAUGGUAUUGCCCAUAUUGAAUGAUAGACCAGACCAUUUUAGAAAUUUAGAAUGUUAAGGGUUAAGAACCCUGUUCUAAGUAGUCAAAGGAAUAUAGCCUUUGAUUUAUUUUCUAAUAAUGUUUAAUGUGGUAUAUUCAUGCUUUUAUGUGUAAUCAAAGUAUUGUAUUGUAAUCAAAACUAGUCUGACAUGAUAGUAUAAUUAUGUUGUAUUUUGGUGAGAUUAAGGCAGCUUGUUCUUCUAUAAUAGUCAAGAUGUAAUAAUAAACAUUCUCAGUAUUAUCAGCUGGUUUGAAAAUGAAGUGAAUAUAUAAUAAUUAUCACUGGUAUAUACAGUGUGAGACAAAGAUUCACUUUGGAAAUUUUCAAUAUUUUGAACAUGUGCAUCGAAUGGGUAUUUUCCAUUGAAAGUCAAGAAAUGUAACUUGUUUAAAAACAGAGUAGUGAUUCAGAGUAGUUACUUCCCUUGAUUGACUAUAAUUUAAAGAUAAGAUCAUUUUUUGAAGUGUUUAAAACACAGCAAAACUUGUUUAAUUUCCAGUAUACUUUGCAAAGGAAAUAUAGUGACCAACAGGGAGACUAAAAGUGUUUUCUUGAUCAGAGACAAUUUAAUUGUGAUACUCAGCCAGUAAGAAUGAAAGUAGCAUGUCCAUGACAUAGUCUCACAUAGGUCACAUUGCAGUUCUAUUUUUCUAUUUUGGAAGCUUAUGAAUUUUAAAUAGAUUAAAAUUUUGGCCACAUUUAAAAUACCUAAUUGAGUUCUACUGUUUGGUGCAAAAUAUAGUGAUAAAACUUAUAUUUCAUAUUUUGUCUUUUUAUAAUCAUGUUGUGACAGACCAGAUUAUAUUUAGAUUUUUUGUGUCAACCAGGAUGGUAAUGAUGUUGUUUACUGGCUGUAAUUUUGUUGUGAAGACCUCAAUACAAUCUGAUUGAAGGUG